CCGAGCCUGAGAAGAAGAGGGGGAGCGUUCAGAGCCGCCUGUGGACUGAGAGAGUGAGCUAGGAGCUGCUAAGGCUGUCAGUUACUGAUCCAAGUCACUGCGACGGGCUCCCCACAUACCUUUUUACAACUCAGAGCAGAGAGGAGAGGACAGCAUGCCGACCGACCAGGAGCCCACCUACACCAUGAAGCUGCUGCAGCUGCUGCUGCUCUCCACCUACUGGGGGAUGCAGAUUUGGGUCACUUUUAUUUCUAGCUUUAUAAUGGACCACAACCUGAACAGACACACGUACGGCUUCAUCCAGAGUCGCCUGGUUCCCUUCUACCUCCACCUGGGCUCAGCCUGUGCCUUCUUUAACCUCACAAUAUAUGCCGUUUACCACCCCAGAGACAUGAUGGAUGACAGGGAAUCCUUUCAGAUCUUCAUCUUCUUCGUGUCGGUGACGGUCGCGGCGGUCAACGCUCAGUGGUUCGGCCAGAUGACGUCGGAGAUCAUGGCGGACAUGCAUCUGAUCGAGCAGGCGUGCGGCCUGGGCCAGGACAUCGGCCUGUCGUCCAACCGCGAGGCUUACGCCAAGCUGUGCGAGUCGGACGUGAAGUACAAGCAGCUGAGCAGACGCCUGUGGCUGUACCGCCUGCUGUCGUCCCUGUGCAACCUCUGCUGCAUUGGCUGCAACUUUUACAGCCUCUCCUACGUGGCUGAGAACCUGGUCAAGCUGUAACGCUGAGCCACGGACGCAGCAGACUCCCCGUCUUCUGCUGCAGCACAACUGCACAAUUACAUCUUUGUUCUUUGGCAGCAGUGGGUAUAUUUAAUCUCUGUUCGUUUUAGAAAUGAGGUGAAACGUCAGGUGAGGCCUCUUCUCCUCAGGGUUUUUUUUUUUUUUUUUUUAAA